AUGCCAUACUCCCACCACAGCCACUCGGGUCAGUUCUGCGGCCAUGCAAAAGACACCCUCGAAGAGGUUGUUCAAGCAGCUAUUGCGAAGGGCUUCCAUAGCUUUGCGCUGACCGAACACAUUCCACGUCCUUAUGAGGACUUCUACCCGGAGGAAGUAAGUCUGCCCUGUCGACUAGCUUGCAUAAACAGUCACACAGAAGAGUCCUUAGUCAAGCUGUUCGAUGACUUCUAUGCGGAAGCGCAACGGUUACGUGUAGUUUACGCAGGCAAGAUUCAGAUCCUAAUCGGCUUUGAGUCCGAGUACAUUCGUCCAUCGACGCUGCAAAUAGUGCAAGGUCUGCUUGACAAGUACACGUUCGACUUUUUCAUGGGAUCACUACACCACACACAUACCAUCCCAAUCGACUUUGACCGAGCGAUGUACGAGCAGGCUCGGGCCAAGGCCGGCGGUACGGACGAAAAGUUGUUCGAAGACUACUUCGACUCACAAUAUGAGAUGCUCCGGGCCCUGCAACCUCCGGUGAUUGGCCAUUUCGAUCUCAUACGCCUGUUGAGCGAUCAUCGAGAUGCCGAUUUCAAGAACAUGAAUCGUGUGUGGGAUAAAGUUCGACGCAAUCUGGAUUUUGUAGCCUCUUAUGGUGGUCGACUUGAACUGAACUCUUCAGGGCUGAGGAAGGGACUCGCUGAGCCGUUCGUCACACCGCUUGUGCAGCUUGCAGCUGAAGUUCGAGUCAUUGACUGUACAUCACAGAUGUUCCUGCAAAUGGGAGGAUCUUUCGUCAUGUCUGACGACAGUCAUGGGAUUGAGCAGAUUGGAACUAACUACAGCAGAUUGCUAGCCUUCAUUCAAAAAGCUGGCAUCAAAGAAAUUCACUACAUCGACCCACGCGGCGCGCGGAACGAUGCCCGCUUCCCCAGCGCAGGUUUCACCAGUAUUGCAACAAGCAAAUUAGCUGCCUCACCAUUUUGGGAGGACAAGCAGUGA